CUUCCCUUCUUCUUCCUCCAACUAUAAUAUCUCAACCACUCUCUCUCUCUCAUUUAUUUCUCUCUCUUUACUCAGAAAAUGGCUGACGAUGAGCCCAAGAGGCUGGAUUCUGAACCUCCGUCCGAGUCCUCUCCGCCGCAAGUGGCGGAGCUGGUGGAGGAGCCGACUAAAAACGUGGCGGAGGAGAAAUCAAUCAUCCAGUUAACCCCGCCGGAGAAGACGCCGGCUGAUGACUCCAAACCUCUGCUUAUCAUUGAAAAGACUGAAGCAAAAACAGAGGAGAAACAGAGUAGCUCAAUUAAUAGAGAUGCUGAGCUUGCAAGAGUAGCAACAGAGAAGAGACUGACACUCAUUAAAGCUUGGGAAGAGAGUGAAAAAUCAAGAACAGAGAACAGAGCUCACAAAAAGCUAUCAGAAAUUGGGUCAUGGGAGAGCAGCAAGAAAGCGGCGGUGGAGGCUGAGCUAAAACAGAUUGAGGAAAAGUUUGAGAAGAAGAAAGCGGAAUAUGUUGAGAAAAUGAAGAACAAAAUAGCGUUGAUUCAUAAAGCAGCAGAAGAGAAGAAGGCAGUGAUUGAAGCGAAACGUGGAGAAGAGAAGCUUAAAGCAGAGGAAAUUGCUGCAAAAUACAGAGCCACUGGAACUGCUCCAAAGAAGAUUCUUGGUUGUUUCUAAAGCAAUCUCUCUGUCUCUCUUUCUUUUCUACGUGAAAUUGCUUGUUCCUUCGGAUUAUAUAUGUUCGUUCUUAAUUUAAUCAAAGAUUUAAGAAGAAGUUACGU